UGGUACUCAGUAAAAUCCCCGUUUUCAUCCUUGUGUUUGCACACGUACACUUCCGUGUUGCAUUGCAAUGGUUACCAUGCAAACUCGAAAAUAAUGACUGUCAAAACGUUUGUAAGGUGCUUGUACAGUCUACUGAAACCCAUGCUGUUCCUGCUACUGAUCAGCCUCCCUCUGGGAGUCCUGCUCUUCUACGCACUGAGGAGAAGAGUCCAGCAGGUAGGCCGGCGUCAGUACGCUCACCUGAGGGAGCGAGGCCAGGACGGGAGAAAGCCGGUGGUGGUAGGCUUCUUCCACCCGUACUGCAAUGCGGGAGGGGGCGGGGAGCGGGUGCUGUGGUGUGCCAUCGCGGCUCUGCAGGAAAGGUAUUCCUAUGUGAGGUGUGUAGUCUACACAGGUGACAGUGAUGUCAGAGGGGAGGAGAUCGUACGCAAAGCCAAGCAGCGCUUUAACAUCACCCUCACCAAACCCGUGGAGUUCGUCUUCCUCAAGAAGCGUCAUCUUGUCGAGGCCGAGACUUACCCUUUCUUCACCCUCCUGGGCCAGAGCCUGGGCUCCGUGAUUCUGGGCUGGGAGGCCCUGACGAACUGCGUCCCGGACGUCUACAUUGAUUCCAUGGGUUACGCAUUCACCCUCCCGCUUUUUAAGUUCCUCGGGCUGUGCAAGGUGGGCUGCUACGUGCACUACCCGACCAUCAGCACCGACAUGCUGAGCCGCGUCGCGCAGCGGACAGCCACGUACAAUAAUCCAGGCUUUGUCGCGAGGAGCCGUGUGCUCAGCUCUCUCAAGUUGGUCUACUACCGCCUGUUCGCGCGGCUCUAUGGCGUCAUGGGCGCGCGCAGUGACGCGGUGAUGGUCAACUCGUCGUGGACUAAUGGACACAUACAAGACAUCUGGCGGGUACCGGAGCGGACAAGCGUCGUGUACCCGCCGUGCGACACGGACGCGUUCCUCCAACAGCCGUUGGCGCCGGAAGAGGGACGCAAGAAGCACGUCAUCGUGUCCAUCGCGCAGUUUCGACCGGAGAAGGACCAUCCUCUACAAGUCAAAGCCUUCAACGAGCUCCUGCGGCGGUAUCCAAUCAAAGAGCGCGAGAGCCUCAAGUUGGAGCUGAUUGGCAGCUGUCGUAACCAAGGCGACGCUGAUCGCAUCGACAUGCUGCGCGAGAUGUGCGAGGAAUUCAACAUCCGCCCAAAUGUGGAUUUCCUGCUGAACAUUUCAUUUGACGAUCUCAAGGCACAUCUGUCUGCUGCCACCAUUGGUUUGCAUACUAUGUGGAAUGAACACUUCGGUAUAGGUGUAGUGGAAUGCAUGGCCGCAGGGACAGUCAUCGUUGCCCACAACUCGGGAGGCCCCAAGAUGGAUAUCGUGGUGGACGUCGACGGCAAGAUAACGGGGUUCCUCGCGGACGACGUGAAGAGCUACGCCGACGCCAUGGAAACCAUCCUCAAGAUGACGCCGGAGGAACGGCUGGAGAUCCGACAGAGCGCGAGGGAGUCAGUGGGACGAUUCUCGGAGCAGGAAUUCAAAAACGGUUUCCUUGCUGCGACAGAAGUGCUAAUAAACUAAUUAAACAAAAUGUGGCCUUUUUGACCAACUUUAAAAUAUCCCGUUUCAAGCAGGUAGUGACAAAAUCGAUGUGCAUGCUGAAUCUAUCGAAUAUUUGAAUAUGUGAGCAUCUAAUGAAUAUCCGUAUAGCAUUUUUUUUUAUUCAAAUAUUUGACAAAUGCGACCGGUGUCGAGAAGAUGAAGAGAAAGGCCUGUGAUGUCAUUUCAAUCAUAUAUUUACCCUAACUCCCUAGCGUCUUUUACUCGGGAA